UUAAGAUUUAAUUAAAAACGAAAUUGGUUUAAGAUCAAACUAGCUGAAUAUUCUAUGUUUACAUAAAUAUGAAUGAAAUCGAUUUAUAAUAUUGAUAGCACAUGAAAAGAACUCUAGAUAUUUAAAUCGUUGUCUUUGAAAGGUAAUAAUAGUAAAAAAGAAAUACAUAUAAACGUUAUCAGCAAAGCGAUACCGUUUACAAAAUACAAUAUACAUUCAAACGUUAAAUGAUUGAAAUAUUGAAUCAUAUUCUUGUCAGGACAUAACGCUGAAAUUAAUCAAUAGUCAUUUGAAAAUGAAUUUGUCAUACAGAUGUUUUCGAAAAACUAUUAGUAAAUUGGGAUAUUUUAAUAAUAAUAUCGAUGUUUACCUUAAAAGUUUAUUGAAUAAUUAACACGCAGUUGCAGUGCAAAUCGGGACACGUUAUCCGUUGCGAUCUCUAUUUACUGUUUUGGUUUUCUAAUCAAUAAUGACAGAAGUUAAAUCAGACGAACAACGCUGUGAUACUUGAACAACACCUGCGGAGGCAAGUAUGGAUGAAAUGGCGGAUGAAAAGGAAAACGAAACAAGUACCAAUUCAUCUACUGUCAAUUUCGCAGAGAGAUCUUGGAAGAACGAUUUUACUCUUAUCGUUGAAGAUACAAGAUUUUGUGUUGCAAAGAAUAUUUUAGCUCUCGCUUCACCUGUUUUUGAUAGAAUGUUUGAAAGUGAUUUCAAAGAAAGAACGACUGAUGAAUUGGAAUUACCAGGAAAAAAGGCAGAUGAUGUUAAAGAAUUUCUGCUUGCUAUUUAUCCAAAUACCGCUUUUCCAAUGUCGAGAGAGAAUGCGUUGAAAGUAUUGCCGCUUGCUGAAGAGUACCAAGUUCUUAAUUUGAAACAACGAUGUGAAGAAUCAUUGAUGGGAAGCAUUGAUGUAUUUACUGCAAUUGACGAAUUGUAUCGUCUUAUCAAAGAAUCGCAUUUGUACAGUCUAAAGGAACUGCAGAAGAGAUGUGUCAGUUUUGUAUGUGAAAAGCCCACUGACGAGAUCAAAAGAGCAAACAGAGAAAUCGUUCUACCGAGAGAGCCACUAAGCUAUAUUCUUCAAAAUCUUAAUGAAAGGCUGGUGUCCAACUUAAAAGAUCUGAAAUCGGCCAACGUGCUGUUAAAUGAACAACUAGAAACUUACAAAACAUGGAAAAACUACUUUUCGAAAGCCACGAGAAAGUCAAUGUUUCCAAAGCUAGACAGUGAUUUAGUUUGGAAAAGGCGAACGGUGAUAUUUACGAUGGACACCGAGAAAAGAAAGCCGUUAGAAGAGAAAGUCAGUCUCUGGAAUACAGAAAUGGAGAUGAAUAUCGUGUUCUAUUCGGACCGUUGGUAUGAUGGCAUUCAAUCAACUCUUAAGAACAUCAACAAAAACCAGAUAGAAUGUAUAUGGGAGAUUCAGUUUGCUGUUGUGAACAAACUGCCCGCAAAUGAUCACCUUUCGUUCAAAUACAGAGUCGUAUUUAAAGAGGGCGAACAAUUCGCUGAUUGGAAAUUAGUAGGAUUAUCUGACAUAGACGAUAAAUCGAAAGGGUUUGUUGACGAUGAAGGGAAGGUACAGCUGGAAGUGAAUCUUUUUAUGUCAGAACCAAAAUCGCUAAAAGCCUUGAAUCUAUGAACUUGCAAUUAUAAGGUUUCGGAAAAAUUGCAACUUAAGUCAGUGUUAAGACUAGCCACUAGACAAACGAUAAAGAAUUUGUAAUAAAAUUUAAAUUUUUGUAAUAUUUCUUUUAUUCUAUACGUAAUAGUGACAAAUGCCAGUCUACUUUAUAGAUUUUCGCAGAGAACUGACUAUUAUAUUAUGAUAUUGGACAAUGUAUAGACAGGCUACAUUCACAAUUUUACAAAUAAAAAAUUUAAAAAAAAAAUUUCAUAGUCUAGGCUACUAGGCUACUCAGUGUCCAGUGAACGUGGUACAAUCAGGAAAGGAAAAAAAAAAGAAUCGGAAGUAUUACAAACAAGACAGAACACAUAUUGCAAAAAUUAAAAUGGACUUUGAUGUAUUGCUGUAGUAAAUACCACGAAGUUUACUCUGCUACAAAAUUCAGAAUGUUGGUAAUAACGCUUUUGGAUUUGCUAGCUUUCAUUGUAUAAGCAUUUCUAUGGUUUGAUCCAAACAAUAUAACAUCAUAACAUCACGCAUUUCAUUUAAAAAGUAUGAAACAAAACUUGCACCCGAAGUUGUUUUGUAAAGACAAUAAUUCUAUAAUUUUGUAACAUAACAUAAUGGUUGCCAAAAUAGGUCCGUUAGUGAAACGCAUUUUGUGAUGAUAGUACAGUGUAAUAUGGUUUUAUUUUCCUUAAUAUUCGCGAAUGAUACAACUGGCGAAUUUAAAGUAUUCAUCAAUAUUUAUGUGCCUCACAACCAAUUCGAAAUAUUCAUAAAUAUCUUUGUGCCUCAGAUCAAAUUCAAAAUAUUCAUGAAUAUAAAUGUACCUCAUAUCCAAUUCAAAAUAUGUUCCUCACGUUCAAUUCAAACCAUUCAUGAAUACUAGAGCUGCUAGAAAAGCACAUGUGUCCCACAACUGCAUAAUCAUCUGAAUAAUUUUGUGUCCUUGUCAACCAUGAACCAGUACAUGUAUCACUGGCAUAUGUUUACUUUGUGUACAGAGUGAUUUUCGGAAAUUGAACGGCCGUAAUUCUGAAGUGACUAUGCCGAUUUGGGAAGAGUUCGGACAGGUGUGUACAAAGCCAUUCUUUGGUAAUUUAAGGGUCAUAAUUCUGAAAUGCCCGAGUCAAUGUGACAAGUUAUCGAACUUCGACGAGAACGUAUUGACAAACACAUUUUUUUUCAAGUUUGGUGAAGAUCGGAUGAGAAAUGUACGACUCAGAAUGCGGACAAGUGUGUACAGAGUGAUUUUCGAUAAUUCAAGGGCCAUAAUUCUGAAGUGCAUGUGCCGAUAUAACUAGUUAUCAAACGUGUCCGAGUUCUGAUUGGCAAACGCAUUUUGUUCAAGUUUGGUGAAGACUGGAUGAGAAAUGUGUGACUAAGAGCGCGGACAAGAUUUGUGACAGACACAAAUGCGGACACAAACACGCGGAAACACACACAAACAGGAGUAAAUCGAUAUGUUUCAUACAGUGAAAAUUGUAGACUCGGUUUGAUCGAAUCUGUUCAUGAGCAGUACUGUGAAAUGCAGCACUGCCCACGCCCCCCUAGCACCGGCUUAAGCAGUAUUCAAUUUUCAAAUCUACACGAGUUGAAAUCAAUGAUCCCUAAGGACCAGAAAAUAUAACAACACUGAGAUGAUGUCGGGACGAAUUUUUACGGCCGCCACACAGCAUUUAACACCUUCUGUUGUAAAGUAAAUAUAAUCUGGAAUGCUUCAGUCAAUCCCUCGGACGUACCGAGAACAAUGCAAACAGUGAAAAUUGCAGACUCGUUUCGGAUUGAGUCUGUUCACGAGCAGUAAUGGAAAAGGCAGUGGCUAGGGUUCCGGCUACCUAAAUAACUCUCUCUCUCUCUCUCUCUCUCUCUCUCUCUCUCUCUCUUUCUCAUAUAUAUAUAUAUAUGGUAUAUGAACAUGUACAUCAAGGUAGCCUUUCUUUAAUAAACUUUAUAGUUCAAACAUCGUUUUUAUCCAAUAACAAGUGAGGGAUUUUCAAAAAAGUAACCAACUUAUUUUCAUAUUGUUUCAUAACUGAAGAAUCUGAUCCACUUAAUCAUGAAGUAGUUCAAAAUUAAUGAGUAUGCAUUUUCCGCCUACUAUGAAUUUCCCACAUUCUAGGAGGCGGAGCAAUUACCAAAGCAGGGACUGCAUACAAGAAAUAAUGUGUCUAUGUAAUAAACAGACCAAAAACAUAGAUAAAUCAGCCGUGCCAUGAGAUAAACAAAACCGUGGGUUUGCGACCAGCAUGGAUCCAGACCAGCCUGCACAGCAGCGCAGUCUAAUUCCAAUAGGCUUUAAAAGCGAACAGCAUGGAUCCUGACAAGACGUCUGGAUCCAUGCUGGUCGUAAACCCACUAUGUUGGUUUUCUCAUGGCGCGGUUCAAAUAUCAAAUUAUGUUUUUAGUUUCAUUUUAAUGCAAGCUGUACUUUUAGAGUUCAAGUUUGACCUUUUUGCACCUUUCACUA